AAGUUUCUGCCCGCGGCUUUGAGGGAUUAGGGGAGCGGCGGCGGGGACCGCAGCCCGGGCACCCAGGUGCGGAGGCGCGGGGGAUCAGAGGCUGAUGGGGCCGUUAAGGGUACCCAAGCGGCGGUACACAGGCAGAACCCCGGCCUGACCUGGACCACCCUCCUCGCGGCCCGCCGCUUGGGUCCGGAGGGGCCCCGCCCUCUGGCCUGAGCCUGGUCCCUCCUCAGGCACUGACCCUUAAUCUCAGGUCGCUCCCCCAUCUCUCAGGUGCGAUGGCUACAGGCGCGGAUGUACGGGACAUUCUGGAACUCGGGGGUCCAGAGGGGGAUGCAGCCUCUGGGACCAUAAGCAAGAAGGACAUUAUCAACCCGGACAAGAAAAAAUCCAAGAAGUCCUCUGAGACAUUGACUUUCAAGAGGCCGGAGGGCAUGCACCGGGAGGUCUAUGCGCUGCUCUACUCUGACAAGAAGGAUGCACCCCCACUGCUACCCAGUGACACUGGUCAGGGCUAUCGCACAGUGAAGGCCAAGUUGGGCUCCAAGAAGGUGCGGCCUUGGAAAUGGAUGCCAUUCACCAACCCAGCCCGCAAGGAUGGAGCUAUGUUCUUCCACUGGCGACGGGCAGCAGAGGAGGGCAAGGACUAUCCCUUUGCCAGGUUCAAUAAGGAGUACCAGCUCUAUCUCCACGACGAUGCUUGGACGAAGGCAGAGACUGACCACCUCUUUGACCUCAGCCGCCGCUUUGACCUGCGUUUUGUAGUUAUCCAUGACCGAUAUGACCACCAGCAGUUCAAGAAGCGCUCUGUGGAAGACCUGAAGGAGCGCUACUACCACAUCUGUGCUAAGCUUGCCAAUGUGCGCGCUGUGCCGGGCACAGACCUCAAGGUACCAGUAUUUGAUGCUGGGCACGAGCGACGGCGGAAAGAACAGCUAGAGCGUCUCUACAACCGGACCCCAGAGCAGGUGGCAGAGGAGGAAUACCUGCUCCAGGAGUUGCGCAAGAUCGAGGCCCGGAAGAAGGAGCGGGAGAAACGCAGCCAGGACCUGCAGAAGUUGAUCACAGCAGCAGACACCACGGCAGAGCAGCGGCGCACAGAACGCAAGGCCCCCAAGAAGAAGCUUCCUCAGAAAAAGGAAGCUGAGAAGCCGGCUGUUCCUGAGACUGCAGGCAUCAAGUUUCCAGACUUCAAGUCCGCAGGUGUCACGCUGCGGAGCCAGCGGAUGAAGCUGCCAAGCUCUGUGGGACAGAAGAAGAUCAAGGCCCUGGAACAGAUGCUGCUGGAGCUUGGUGUGGAGCUGAGCCCAACACCCACGGAGGAGCUGGUACACAUGUUCAACGAGCUGCGAAGCGACCUGGUGCUGCUCUAUGAGCUCAAGCAGGCCUGUGCCAACUGCGAGUAUGAGCUGCAGAUGCUGCGGCACCGCCACGAGGCACUGGCCCGGGCUGGUGUGCUGGGGGGCCCUGCCACGCCAGCAUCGGGCCCAGCACCAGCCUCUGCUGAGCCAGCAGUGCCUGAACCUGGACUUGGCCCUGACCCCACCAAGGACACCAUCAUCGAUGUGGUGGGAGCACCCCUCACACCCAAUUCGAGGAAGCGGCGAGAAUCAGCCUCCAGCUCAUCUUCUGUGAAGAAAGCCAAGAAGCCGUGAGAGGCCACUUGGGGUGUGGGCGAUACUGUUGUGUAAAUAGAACUGCUGAGUUGGAC